GUCCACGACGACCACGACGAGUGGUGGCAGCGCGCGCCUAAUCGACGCGUUUACAGCGCGUAGUGCAGCAUUUGUUGAUUUGUAAUUCAAGUGACAAGACGUCACUCAGCUUGGCAGGCAGACAACGGGCUAACAGGAAAGCAAAGCAAACCAAGCCAGCUAGUAGGCAAUAGUCGCCGCUAACAGUCAAGUCGAUUCGAUCCCAAACGAUCCGUCAGUUGGCCGCAUUCGCGUCGAGGAAAUAGUUGUAGUUGUGCAUUCGUUGGUGACGACUCGAUCAAAACACUCGUCGGUGGCCGUCGGUCGGUGGAGCCAAGCGAUACAACAUACAGUGACAUUUAUUUAUUUAACAUCGUAAUUGUUGGUAUUUUCUUUCCGCUUUUCUCCCUAUUCGUUGGUUACAAGACAGCCGCGGUGCACUCGUUCGUCGUUAACUCGCCGUUGAUGAUUGACUUUAUAAAGUGAAUAACGCGACAUUUGUGUGCGAAUUUUUUUCCGCAGCGCUAAAAUAAUUAAAUUUAAUGUAAUAAAAAAGAGAAAUAAAAAAUAAAAAAAAAUUAAUUAAGCUCUCAAGUGUCUAUUUAAACCGUUACGAUUAAUGUGUAAACGUUUUGUGUUCAUCGCGCUGCUUAAUUUGUAAACACUUUUGGUUAAUUUUAAUCCAUUUUUACCAAAGCUUGCUCACCACAUUCAUCAGCCCCCAUUUGGCUUGGCCGGGCGUUCCAAUCAUGUAUUAUCAUCCACUUAACAGUUAUCCCGGUUAUCAGAUGAACCCGACAAACGGCAUGGAUACAGAAGAUGUCGAAUCCACUUCCAGCAGCGCCAUGUCCAGACUUGGUACACUUUUCUCUUUCACAUCGCCUGCAGUAAAGAAACUACUGGGCUGGAAACAAGGCGAUGAAGAGGAGAAAUGGGCCGAGAAGGCAGUCGACAGUUUGGUGAAGAAGUUGAAAAAGCGCAAAGGCGCCAUUGAAGAACUCGAACGUGCUCUAUCCUGUCCAGGCCAACCCUCAAAAUGCGUUACAAUCCCACGUUCACUGGAUGGUCGCUUACAAGUAUCUCAUCGCAAAGGCCUACCACAUGUUAUAUAUUGCCGUGUAUGGCGUUGGCCAGAUUUGCAAUCACACCACGAAUUGAAACCAUUAGAGAUUUGUCAAUAUCCAUUCAGCGCUAAACAAAAAGAGGUUUGCAUCAAUCCUUAUCAUUACAAGCGUGUUGAAAGUCCUGUGCUGCCGCCGGUCUUGGUGCCACGUCAUUCAGAGUUUGCACCCGGCUUUUCCAUGCUCCAAUUAAAUCAGCCCAUGUCUGAGCCGCCAAUUCCACCCAACAUGAAUUUCUCCAAUAACGGCUUCAAUAAUAUGAGCCCCAACAGUCCGCCUCUAACAUCAGCCGGCAGUCCAAGCACGGUCAACUCAAACCCUAACUCACCAUACGGCAGUUUGGCAGGCACGCCACCGCCGGCAUAUAGCCCCUCAGAGGAUGGCAAUUCGAACAAUCCCAAUGAUGGCACACAAUUGAUUGAUGCACAGAUGGGCGAUGUUGCUCAGGUGAGCUAUUCAGAGCCGGCAUUUUGGGCUUCCAUUGCCUAUUAUGAGCUCAAUUGUCGUGUGGGUGAGGUAUUCCAUUGCAACAACAAUUCGGUCAUAGUCGACGGUUUUACGAAUCCAUCAAACAAUUCUGAUCGCUGCUGUCUGGGGCAGUUGAGCAAUGUAAAUCGCAACAGUACCAUAGAAAAUACACGCCGUCACAUAGGAAAAGGCGUUCAUCUAUAUUACGUUGCUGGCGAAGUGUACGCCGAAUGCCUUUCAGACUCGGCCAUAUUUGUGCAAUCACGAAACUGCAAUUAUCACCACGGCUUCCAUCCGAGCACUGUGUGCAAGAUACCACCCGGUUGUUCGCUGAAGAUCUUCAAUAAUCAAGAAUUUGCUCAACUCUUAUCGCAAUCAGUAAACAAUGGCUUUGAAGCUGUUUACGAAUUGACGAAGAUGUGCACGAUCCGCAUGAGUUUCGUCAAGGGUUGGGGCGCCGAAUAUCAUAGACAAGAUGUGACUUCCACACCAUGUUGGAUAGAAAUUCAUUUGCAUGGCCCAUUGCAGUGGCUUGAUAAAGUGCUGACACAAAUGGGCUCGCCGCAUAACGCCAUCAGUUCCGUAUCAUAAAAGCAAAAUGAUAUUGGUACAUACAGGCAUAUUUCAUUCUAUUUACAUUUCACCAUCUACAAGAGAAAAAAUCAACAAUAUGAAAUGAACUUGUAGCAAUUUCUUUGACAAAAAAUAAAGAAAAUUUGGAUAAUUCAUAUUUGAAUUAAUAAAGGUAUACGUAUUGUAAAUUUUCACCUGAUCUAAGAUAAAAAAUCUUAAGAAGUCCACGUUCAUUUGAUCCUACAAUCAAAAAAAAAGAGAAGAAGGAUUUUCGAAAGAUAGUAGCCAAAAUUGAAUUUAAAUAAUUUGAAUGUGUUGUAAAAUGCGCAUAUAUAGUGCACACUUUAUAUACUUAUUUUAAGAUAUUUUUGGGAAAAUUUGAAAACAAAUAUGAAAUAAGAGAAAGAAUGUCGAUAAUAAUAAUUAUCCAAGAUUUAUAAUAAGCAAUCUAAUAUAUAGUAUGUAUGUAAAAAUCAUAGCCAUCAAUAUCAUUUAAAUUUUAUGAACAGCAUACACAGCAGUUUCCAAGUUGCAAAACUUGAUGUGGUAUACCCGAUAUAUGUUUAUAAUACGUAUGUUUUUACAAUAUUACAAAAAUAUUUUUGAAAAACGUUAAGCAAUUUAAUUUUUAGUUUUAUAUAAUAAAAUUUUAUUCUUAUUAUUUUAGUAUUGUAGGAACAAAUGAAUGUGGACUUGUUGUUUUAUUUUAGAAAUUUCUCUUGUAGACCAGAAAUUCGAACUGAAGUUGAAAAGUGAAAAAAAUUGUGCUGCUUACGUAUUUUCAGUGCUUUUUACCACAUGCCUUGCGUUCCAAAAGGAACAAAAUUGAAUGCCUUAACCGAAUUAAAUAAAAUAAAUUUAAAAAUGCACACAUACAUACAUGCAAAUAAAUGUAAAUAAAACUCUCGGCCCGAUUAAUUGCUAGAAAUAAAAACUACAAUAAAAUUACGCAUUUAUGUUACGUUAUUAUUAUUAUUAUUUUUUUUAAUGGAGCUCACAAACAUGCCACUAACUAUGAAAAUUAAAAUUGCCUUCAAGUUUAUUUGAAUUUUUAAGACUUCAGUAAAUAUAUAUACACAAUAAAUGUGAAACUUGUAAUUGAAUCAUAUAUCUAUGUAUAGGUUGAAAAUUCGCUAUAUAUUUGUAGCUUUUCGCCCAUUUGCUUUGCGCUUUGUAUUUUGCUAUAAAAUAUGAAUAGUUGUAUGUUAUUCUAUAAUUAUUGAUAAUACUUUAUGUAAACCCAUUGUAGUUGUAAAAUAAAUUUCAAAUAAAGUUCAAUGGAUUUCCUGCAAAAACUAAA